UUUGGCUCCUGCAGCGACCCCUCCGUCGUCUUCAAGGACGGCCUGCCCGACCGCCAGGCCGCUGCCUUCAUCGCCAACAACCAGGGCGACUUCAACCACGGCUCUGCACAGAAGAUUGGUAUCAUUGCUGGCUUUAUCUGCCAGCGCCUUUCGGACAGCUGCAAGGCGCCUGCUGCUACCGUUGAGAGCUGCAACCAGGCUCAGACCGCUGCUGUCGUUGCUACGCAGGAUGAGACUGCUGCGAACAUGUUCAACAGCAUGCUCAUUGGCGGCUCGGCUAGUGGUAACGUCACCGCUCGUGGCCAGCUCAGACGCUAUUGA